GUUGUUUUAUCUUACCUGCCAUGUUACUGUGAUUGCAGCUUCAGUUAAAAAUGAGCGAAAGUUUAAUUUUCGUGUCACAGAAAAUGUCCCGAGUUCGGUGGAAACCGAAUUCAACUUCGCUUCAGAAGUCGAGUGUAUUCGCUGCUGGAAGUUAUGAAGAUACGAAAAACUCUGUCUCACUAUGGGAAAUCACACAAACCAACAAACUUAAAAACAAUCCCGAGAUGGAAGAUAUUGAUAAUGGACAACCUCGUAAAUUCUCAUCAUACGCAGUCAAGGGGGACGUGAGUGGACUUGACUAUGCUGACUCCAGCUUAAUAGUUGCCGGUACAAGUUGUGGAGAUAUUCUUCUGUUUAAUUCAUCAGAGUCGUUGGUCCUCCAGCAUGAGUGGAAUAGACUUCAUGGAAGAGGAGGAUGUACGGAUGUUGCAACAUCUUUACCAGGAAUCGUAUCUGUUGGUGAGGAUGGCAACAUCAACUUGAUGAGGAUCGAGAGCAAACGACCACUGCGUGUGAUUGAGCAUGGGGACAGCUGCCCAAUCACGAGUGUCCGUUACCUUACAUCGAGCGAGAUCGUUACAACAAAUACUGUGGGUCAGCUUCGUAUGUGGGAUACGAGGUCACCUAGUGACUCACCUACCAGGAUCAUGGUGUCCAGCGAUCAACUGGUGGCGCUAAGGAGUGUGGACCAUCACGCAACUCAGAGUCAUGUGUUAGCAACAGGUGGUGCAGAUGGUUGUGUUACUUUGUUUGAUAUUAGAAAGGAAUGUGCACCUGUCAAUAAACUACAAGUCCAUGAUGAAGAUGUUUGGGAAGUUCGUUUUCACAAGACCUCUCCCUCCCACCUCUUCACUUGUUCCCAAGAUGGAAGUGCCAGGAGACUCGAUUCGACCUUUGACCUCAAGGUCAUGGCCCGUGAUGGUGGGGGUUCGGCUCCUGAGGUGUCAGAAGUUGUUUCAAAGUGUGGACUGUCAAUCAACUCCCUGGAUGUCAGUGGUUCAUCACUUGUUUGUUGCAAUGAUGCUGAAGCUAUUUAUGUCAUAGAAGAUGCUGUAUGACAUCACUAUAGAAUGUGUGAUGUCACACUGCAUGCAGUGGUGCUACAACCAGCAACUGGGCGAAGGAGACUUUUUUAGGCUAGUGGUCAAGUUGAAACAAGGCAUACAGUUUUAUUGCGCAGUCCAUUUCAAACAACAUUUUGUUGUCAAAUCUAGGUUAUUUUUGUGUAGGUUAUAAAAGUCUGUAUUAUACCACUAUUUUACACUGCCAUUUCUAUCUGAAUAAACUUUAUUACCCAAUGUA